AUGGUCACUUUCUUCACACAGGAAGUCCAGCAACUGCUGCACAACAAGUUUGUGGUGAUCGUGGGGGAUUCCGUCCAGCGAUCGGUUUACAAGGACCUGGUGUUGCUUUUGCAGAAGGACGCUCUCCUCAGCCAGUCCCAGCUGAAAGCCAAGGGGGAGCUGAGCUUCGAGAACGACCGCCUGGUGGAAGGCGGCAUGCGGGGCGAGAUGACCAACGGCACCAACUACAGGGAGGUGCGGCAGUACCGCACGGACCACCACCUGGUGCGCUUCUACUUCGUCACUCGCAUCUACUCCGACUACAUGGAGAGCAUCCUGGCUGACUUCCAGGCCGGGCCCCAGCCUGAUGUCGUCAUCAUCAACUCCUGCUUAUGGGACGUGAGCAGGUACGGUGCUAAGUCCAUGAAGCAGUACCGGGUGAAUCUGGAGAAGGCCUUUAACCGACUGGACAAGGUGCUGCCCCAUGCCUGCCUCCUGGUGUGGAACAUGACGAUGCCCGUGGGCCACAAAAUCAUCGGGGGCUUCCUCAUCCCAGAGCUGCAGCACCAAGGCAAGAAGCUGCCCCACAAAGUGAUCGAGGGCAACUUCUACGGGGCUGUCCUGGCCAGCAGCCACCACUUCGACGUGCUGGACCUGCACUACUACUUCCGCUUCGACGUGCACCACCGCAGUGGGGACGGCGUCCACUGGAACCGGGCCGUCCACCGCAGGGUCACCCACCUGCUGCUGGCCCAUGUGGCCGACGCCUGGGGCGUCGAGAUCCCGGAGAAGAGACCCCAGGACGGUUGCUUUCAGGCAAAUGCUCUGGAGUGGGGCUCGCAGCCCGCCCCCUGCCCGGUGCCCCACGCUGCUCCACCCGGCCCCUGGGGGCCCGAGUGGGACAACAGCCGCCUGUCCUGCAUGCCCCAGCCCAGCACCUGCCCGCCGCCCCCUCCGCCCUGGCCUCCCUUUGACUUCUGCUGCCCCUCCAAGGAUCCUGUUUUCCAGGAAGACUCCCCCUUCUUCCCCAGCCACGCGGGGCCUGGCACGCCCCUCUCCGGAUACAUCAGCUUUGACAACUGCCCCGGCUACGGUGUGGAGGGUCCUGGCAGCGGCUUUCAAGCUUUCUGGGGCGCGCCACACGCUCUGCCGGCCCCGGGGCCCUUCCCCGGCUUCUCGGGAAACCCAGCACCCAGCUUCCCUCCGCACCCCCACAGCCCGCCCAGGAGAGGCCGCGGCGGGCGCUCCCACGGCUUCCUCAUGACGCGGCAGCCGGUGAGGUGGAGGUCUGGGCACCCCUACAACAGGCCCCACUACAGUUGCUACUGA